ACCCCAACUGUGCCCGUGACACCCCGGCCAUGCCCUGGGCACUCCGACGGCGCCCAGGACAGCCUGGCCGUGGCCGUGGCCUGUGGCACUCUCGCUGUGCUUUUGUCCCUGUGCCUGUUGCACCCCAGCUGUGCCUGUUGAACCCUGGCCAUGCCCGCGGCACCGUGGCCGUUCCUGUGGCACCUCAGAUGUGCCCAGGGCACUCCAGCUGUGCCUGUUGCACCCUGGCUGUGCCCAUGACACCCCAUCUUUGUCUGUGCGACCUUGGCUCUGCCCAUGGUACCCCGACUCUCCCUGUGGCACCCCAAUUUUGCCCAUGCCACCUUGGUUGUGCCCGUGGCACCCCAGAUUUGCCUGUUGCACCUUGGCCAUGCCCAGGGCACCCCACCUUUGCCCAGGUCCCAUGUUUCCUUGUUGCACCCCAGCCAUGCCCAGGGCACCCCAUUAUUCCCUGUUAGAUCCCAACUGAUCCCCAUGGCACCUCCUUUUUGCCCCUGGCACUCUGGUCAGGAUCAUCUCACUCUGCCUGUGCCCGUGGCACCCCAGUUGUGCCCGUGACAUCCCACAUGUGCUCGUGACACCCCAACCAUGCCCAUGACACCCCUCUUGUGCCCGUGGCACCCCAGCUGUGCCUGUGACAUCCCACUGUGCUCAUGACACCCCAGCUGUGCCCGUGGCACCCCAGCUGUGCUCAUGGCACCCCCACCGUGUCCGUGGCACCCCAGCCGUGCCUGUGACACCCCAACCAUGCCCGUGGCACCCCAGCUGUGCCUGUGACACCAGUUUUUCCCGUGACACCCCAGCUGUGCCUGUAGCACCCCAGUUUUUCCCGUGACACCCCAGCUGUGCCCGUGGCACCCCAGUUUUUCCCGUGACACCCCAGCUGUGCCCGUGACACCCCAGCUGUGCCUCCGGUGACUCCCCGCCCGUCUCCGCAGGAAGCCCCGCCGGGGUGUCCCCCAUUCCCACGCCCGUUGCCGGCCCCCCACCCUCCCGGAAAUCCUUCCCGAGCUGGCGCAAGCCCCCCCGGGCCCCCCCAACUUCCUGCUUCCCGCCGGGCAGGGCAGAACAAUUCCCGGCCGCAUCCUGCCCGGCCCGGGCGGGGGGGCACCGCGGGGGCAGCCCCGGGGCACCGGGGGUCCCGGGCAGGACGUGUGGGGAGGGAGCGGCCGGGCCCCGUUUCCUGCUCCGKGGGCUCCCCCCGGGCCGGCCCGGCCGGGGAGGGGCAGGCUCGGGGACCCCCCCGGGCCGUGCGUGGGGUGCCCCCGGCCUCGUGACGCGGUGCUGCGCUCCCUCAAUGCCGCCUUGUCCCCGCGCCUCCCGCGUGACGCCGCCGCCGCCGCCCCGUGGCCCUAACGAGACCCUGGCGUGGCCGUGUCCCCCCCCAGAGACCCCGCGGUGUCCCCCCCGCCCCGGAACCAUGGCCCCCGGCCGGCCGCUGGCCCUCGCCUCGCUGCUGGCCCUCGCCGCCACCGCUGCUGCCACCRCCCCGGGGGCUUCGUGGAGCGCCGUGCCCAGGAAAACUGUCCCCUACGCCGUGUCCCCUGUCCUGAUGCCAGACCCCACCCCUCUGCUCUCCAGCGCCUCUGACUUCGGUCCGUUCGCUUGCGUGCAGAAGGGCAAGAACAACCAGACCGACUGCUUCAACUACGUGCGCUUCCUGCAGAGCUACAACAGCUCCCACCUCUACGCCUGCGGCACCUACGCCUUCCAGCCCAAGUGCACCUACAUCGAGCUGUCUGGCUUCACCCUGGACCCGGUGGCAUUUGAGGAUGGCAAAGGAAAGUGUCCCUACGACCCCACCAAGGGCCACACGGGCCUCAUCGUGGABGGGGAGCUCUACUCUGCCACCUUCAACAACUUCCUGGGCACGGAGCCCGUCAUCCUGCGCAACCUGGGCCCGCACUACUCCAUGAAGACCGAGUACCUCACCUCRUGGCUCAACGAGCCUCACUUUGUGGCGUCAGCGUUCGUGCCAGAGAGCGCGGGCAGCAGCACCGGGGACGAUGACAAGGUCUACUUCUUCUUCAGCGAGCGCGCUGUCGAGUACGACUGCUACGCCGAGCAGGUGGUGGCACGGGUGGCACGGGUCUGCAAGGGUGACGUGGGUGGCGCACGGACRCUGCAGAAGAAGUGGACGACGUUCCUGAAGGCGCGGUUGCUGUGCUCGGCCCCUGAGCAGCAGCUGCACUUCAACCGCCUGCAGGCCGUGUUCACCCUGCGCGGGCCGCGCUGGCAGGACACCGCCUUCUUCGGUGUCUUCCAGGUGCCUGGGGUGCCCACAAUGGCCCUGUCUAGUGCCCAUGAUGACCCUGUCCCGGUUCCCGUGGUGGCCCUGUCCCAGUUCUCAUGGGGGGACGUGGAUGUGUCUGCCAUCUGCCGCUACCACAUCCUGGAGGUGCGCAAGGCCUUCGAGGGGCCCUACAAGGAGUACCGGGAGCAGGCGCAGCGGUGGGGCCGAUACUCAGAUGAGGUGCCCAGCCCCCGGCCCGGCGCGUGCAUCACGGACUGGCACCGGCAGAACGGCUUUGGCAGCUCUCUGGAGCUGCCGGACAACACGCUCAACUUCGCCAAGAAGCACCCGCUGAUGGACGAGGCGGUGCCACCCCAGCGCGGGCGCCCGCUGCUGCUCAAGAGGGACGCCAACUUCACCCAGCUCGUGGUGGAUCGCGUGGCUGGGCUGGACGGGAAUGUGUACGAGGUGCUGUUCAUCGGGACAGGUGAUGGGUGGGUGCACAAGGCGCUGGACCUGGGGAGCCGCAUCCACCUGGUGGAGGAGCUGCAGGUGUUCGAGCCGGCACAGCCCGUGGAGAGCCUGGUGCUGGCGGCCACCAAGAAGCUGCUGUUCGCCGGCUCACGUGUGCAGGUGGCUCAGUUGCCGCUGGCCGACUGUGGCCGGUACCAGUCGUGCACUGACUGCGUGCUGGCACGGGACCCCUACUGCGCCUGGAGCCGCAACAGCAGCGCCUGCGUGCGCACCGACCACGCCAACGGGUCCCACCUGGUGCAGGAUGUGCUGAGCUCCGACACCGGCGCCUGCUCCGUGCCACAGGUAGCCAAUCAAGGGCCCCUGACGCCCAAGAACGUGACGGUGGUGGCGGGCACGGACCUGGUGCUCACGUGCCGCCUGGGCUCCAACCUGGCGCGGGCGCUCUGGACGUUCGAGGGCCGGGCGCUGGCGGCCGAGCAGGUGCUGGUGCUGGGCGAGGCGCGGCUGCGGGCGCUGGUGGUGCCGGGCGCGGGGGCGCAGCACAGCGGCACGUACCGCUGCCUGGCCGAGGAGCAGGGCGCCCGCCUGGCCGCCCAGGAGUACCGCGUGGCCGUGCUGGCCGGGCCGGGMGCGCCGCUGGAGGCGCGGGCGCCGCUGGACGGGCUGGGCGCCGUCUGGGUGCUGGCCGUGUGCCUGGGCGCCCUGUGCCUGCUGCUGCUGCUGGCCACGCUGUCGCUGUGGCGCCGGCUGCGCGAGGAGCUGGGCAAGGGCGCCAAGGCCAUCGAGAGCACCCUGGUGUACCCCAUCGAGCUGCCCAAGGAGCCGCCCAGCCCGCGCUUCGCCUCCAGCGCCGCCUCCGACUCGGACGAGAAGCUCUGGGACCCCUCCAGCUAUUACUACUCGGACGGGUCGCUCAAGAUCGUGCCGGGCCACGCCAGCACGGCCGGCGGCGCCUGCUGCCGCAACGGYGGCCCCGGUGCCCCCUCUCCGCCGGCCGCCAUCCCCGGGCAGCCGCUGCACUCGCCCACGCGCAUCCACCUGGGCCCKCUGCGCGGCUCGGCCUCCAACGGCUACAUCCGGCUGGCGCUGGGCGCCGAGGAGCGCCCGGCCUGCGCCGACCUGGCCGAGGAACUGCGGCGCAAACUGCAGCAGCGCCAGCCCCUGCCCGACUCCAACCCCGAGGAGUCGUCCGUGUGAGCGCCGCCUACCUCAGCUGGCACCGGCCACCGGGCACCUGGACCGGGCACCGGUGUGAGGAUGGACACCUGGCACUGGGACCCCAGCCUGUGGAUGGACACCCAGACUGGGCACCGGUGUGGGGAUGGACACCUGGCACUGGGACACCUGGCACUGGGACACCCGGACUGGGCACCGGUGUGGGGAUGGACACCUGGCACUGGGACACCCGGACUGGGCACCGGUGUGGGGAUGGACACCUGGCACCGGGACCCCAGCCUGUGGAUGGACACCCGGACUGGGCACCGGCCUGGGGAUGGACACCUGGCACCGGCACCU